GCGCUGGGCCCCAGACCUGCCCGCUGGCCCGGUCUUUGGGCCCCAUUAGACUCUGGCAGGGAAGAAAGGACUGAUCCUCAAGGUUGGGGAUUGAGAAUCACGAUGCACGAAGCCGGGGAAAGGCAGAAAUUCAUCAGCGAAGCUCAGUACCUGCGGGACAUGCAGCAUAAGGCGGACUCCGACUAUCAGGCAUGUCUGAGACGACAGGACCAUAAAAGAGGCACAACUGAGAAGAAGCGAGACCAAUUUUGGGAACAAGAGACAAGUAUUGAGAGAUCCCGGUUUUCAAGCGGGUCAUCUUCCAAACAGAGUCCUGAGGAGGAGGAUCCUCUUGCUGAACCAAGACUAUCUCCCAAGACUUCCUCCAGUAAAAGUGAUCCCAAGCUUCCAGCGAUUGACCAGACAUCCGUCAAGCAGAAACACAAGAGUACCAUGACUGGGACAAAACCGGAGAAAGUUGGCCCCAGCAGACCCUCUCCAGCAGUGCGGGCACCACAGCUUUUGUCAAAGAAGAGGAGGCCAAACCUGGGGAGAAUGACUGUCAGCCCCGAAAGGCAGAGCCCAAGGGUGUCGGGGGAAGGAAGCAGACAGAAAUCGCAGCUGCGGGCGAGGACGAUGGCUCUCCCGGGAACAGACCCAGGAGUUACACAAGAAGGCCCAGAGUGGGCAAGCGCCACUAAGCUGCAGAGGCCAACCCGAGAGAGAAGACUGGUCGUCGCAGCCUCUCGGCUGACCAGGACCACGGAGAACACCUCGGAGGGAGCCGAAGGCCGGGGCCAGGGUGCUCUUUCCCAGAGAGAGCCCCCUUCAGCUCUGUCCCAGGUCAUCCAAGGGGCAAAUAGUCCUCAGCGACCGAGUGAGUCCCUGAGCCCACCAGUCACAUCCACGAGCGCCGGAGGGCCCAGACAGACCCCUUUCAGGUUCAGAGAUGAAGAUUUUUAUUCCGUGUUGUCACCAAGCACCGGAGGGGACGACGAUGGCACGGAAGAGGAGACCCACUUUGAGGAAGAACUCCUGCUGUCUAGUAUGCGCCCGCCCCACUCUCCUCCCAAUCGCAAGAGAAGUCGCUUUCUUGGGAAACUGGACACUCAGCCCCCAAAUAAGACGUUUGAAGGGGAUCCUGAAAGGUGCAGAGCCGAUCCUUUCAGAAGCGCGCAUGGCCGUAGCUCAUUAAGAGGCCGCAAUGCACGGCCGGCCGAGCAGCGUUCUCUGGGGCAAAGGCGGUGCCCAGAGCCCGAGUGGGGGGACGGGGAGUCUGAUGGAGAGCCGGACAGCAGCGACAGUGAAUGCAAACGGAAGAGCUCUCAUUCCCGGGCCUCCAAAGCCGAACCCCGACCAGGCGAUGGCCGCAGUGCUGCCAAUGGGCCUCAGAGCCACGAUUAUGAAGGAGAGUGGCUGGACUACUUAGACGGUCCCCCAAACUCGCUCGACUGUUUGCUUUCUAACAGGCCCCCAGCCCCCAGGUCCUCUGCGAAUUCAUCUCUUAGCGCCCCGGGCUCACUGACCCGUCCUGCUCGGAGGGACGGGCUUGCGGUGGACUUGUCAGUGUCGGUGUCUUCUGUCCACAGUUCAGACGCAGAGGGAAGCUCGCGAUUCAAUGGUCGUCGGCCACUCUCCCCCAUCAGACACAGAACCCCAGUGCCCAGCGCUGAACUCCACAGUAAUUUUCCAGUCAACAGUGCCCGAGAACUUGAUGGCAGGGGAGCAGAAGCUAAUACCUUAACAAGCCAACCUCAGGGGGCCCCAUUAUCUGCAGAGACUCUCUUGCGAAACUCUCAAGGCGGCUUGUCCGCCGUGGAUUCUUCCAGCGCCUCCCCCCCACGAAUGAACCUAGCAGGCCAGGUUCCUAUGCCUGGGCCCCUGCAGGAAAAUAGACCUUUCACCCUCGUUGCCCUGUCGGACUUAGCAGAUCACCGUGGUCAUGGGAACCGAAUGGCAGCCCCUGGCUUGCCCGCUGAGAAGACGGCCGAGAAGGUAAAGGCGGACCCUGAGAAACUCAAGAAAUUGCAAGAGAGUCUCCUGGAGGAGGACUCUGAGGAGGAGGGAGACUUGUGUCGCAUCUGCCAGAUAGCCGGGGGGUCCCCGGCCAACCCCCUCCUGGAGCCCUGCAGCUGUGUGGGGAGCCUGCGGUUCGUUCAUCACGAGUGCCUGAAAAAGUGGCUGCAGGUGAAAAUUACGUCAGGAGCAGAUCUAGGUGCCGUGCAGACGUGUGAAAUGUGUAAGCAAGCCCUGCUGGUCGAUCGGGAGGACUUUAACCUGACAGAGUUCUAUCAGAGGCAUCAGCAAUCCCGGGCACAGAAUGAGCUGAUGAAUUCCGGCUUAUACCUGGUGCUAUUGCUUCAUCUUUAUGAACAGAGGUUUGCCGAACUCAUGAGGCUCAACUUCGGCGCUGCCGGGAGACAGAGGUUGUCAAGACACUGUCCACAAUCCAGGCCGGAAGAAAAUGAAAGUGCCGAGGUGGGAGAUGAAAACGGCGUUUAG